AAUGAGCCUCGAAAAUAGCAGUGAAGUCAAUGUUGUUUAUAGAUUAUAAAUUUGUUAAUUAAAGUUGUUCAAAGAGAUGUCGAGGCGCGGGCUAUUGUUGAUGGGCCAAUGCAUGCCGUGCAUCAAGCAAAAUGCCUCCAAGAUACGUAUACGGCGUAUGGAACUGGACAAGAAUCUGAACAUGUACUUUAAAAAGGAUGAUUUUUUCUUUGCCCACGAUCCGCAAAAGGUGUGCAAAACCGGAGAUGUGGUUCUGAUACGAGAGCUUCCCGAACGCAUGACCCGCCUCAUCACGCAUGCGGUUGAAAAAGUGGUCUAUCCACUUGGUGACAUAACCGAUCCGAUCACUGGCAAAAAAGUGGUGGUCGGCAAGUACCGAGACGACAUCGAGAUGGCCAACGAGCUGUUUGGCAAGUCGGAGAAGUCCUUCGACUAUUCCAAGGCCCCACCACGUGGCCGGCUAGAGGGCACCAAAGACUUUACACACGGCGAGACGUACAUCAAGUACCAUGACGAUGGCAAAGAUCAGCCAUUUGCCGUAUAAUAAGUUGGUAAAUAAUCCAAGUAAUCGUUAAGCUUGCAAACAACCUGCCUUCCCAAUCCAAUUCAAAAAGGCGGCAAUAAAAGAUUUCUCUAAAUAUUUUAUUUAAA